CGCGCUGCAACAUUCACGCGCUACCCAGAUCCCUACUUUCGCAUUUCCGAUUUACCAUGAUGAAAUCUCUCGUUCACUCACAGCGAAGAAGAACCCUAAAUAUUAAAUAAUCAGCACCAUCUGUUUGAUUGGGGGGUUCUGGAUUCUGUUGAAGGCGCAUACGUAGUUCAGUUUCCGAUUCAAUCUUCCGACGAUUUUGGAGGGUUAAAUGUCGGAGGCUUCUAGGUCUCGGGUUACCAUCACCCUGGGACGCAGCGGGCAGGUUGUGAAAAGACCUGGAAGUUCAUUGGCUAGCACUUUCACUGAUGAGCAUCCACCUGUAGGAAGCAAAAGGCCAGUUCGAGAGAGGCUUGGCAGUAAUGUUGAUUCAUCUUCUGAAGAUAAUCAUAAAAGGCUGCGGAAAGAUGGCAGGCCUGCAGAUGAUUUUGAUGACAUGCAUCUUAGUAAGGGUGAUCUUCGGUACAAAAUCAUGCAAAAGAAAGGACUGAAGCAAAAUCAAAACGGCCAGCAGAAUGGUGGGGAUCUCCGCAACAUUUUAUCAAGGCCUGCUCAAUCUUCUAUGAAUAGUGUAGCUGCAAGGGACAGGAUGCCCGAGCCAAAAGACACUAAAAUGCGUUUUCCGGAACCAAGAGAUGGCAGGCAGCACUUUACAGAGACAAUGGAUGGCAGAAGUUUAACACCUGUAGCAAGGAAUGCUAGCAUGCAUAUUCCUGAAUACAGGGCUGGGCAUGCUCCUGAUCCAAGAAAACAACACAUUCUGGAAAUGGGGGAUGGUGGAAGAAGCUAUUUUGAGGCACAGAAUGCCAGACGUCCUAUGCCAGAACAUAGACCUUCAACUACUGUGACCAGAAUGGACUCUGGGAUUACUUCUUAUUCUCCCUGGACAUUGGACAGUUUAAGGCGAAGAUCACCUGAUGAAUCUUUAUCAACUUCUAGAGUUCUUACUGCACCAAAGAAGGAUGAAAUUUUGCCGAGAAGAUUUGCAGCUACCUCAUAUGACGAUUCUAGGACAAGCACAUAUAUGAGUAAAGAUGCUUUUGAUAUUUCAAGGCCCAUGAGUUCGUCUCUCAUGACUAAAAGGGCUCCACCUGUAGGGCAGAUGAAGUCCAUGACACCAGUGGCCUCCUCACUUCCUCGGUCUGGGAGUUUCAUGCAAAAAAGUUCAUAUGUGGUGGAUGAUGAAGUCACAGUAGACAGGUUCUUGCAUACAUUGGGUCUUGAAAAAUUUACUGUUAUCUUUAAGGCUGAGGAGGUGGACAUGUAUUCUUUGAAGCGAAUGACUGAAAGAGACCUUAAGGAGAUGGGAAUACCUAUGGGGCCAAGGAAGAAGAUCCUACUCGCAUUGCAACCUCGUUUGAAGCAACCAGUAUGAUGCGAUCAUGUGAAGUGUAUGGGGUUACUUGGAGCAUCACUGCCGAAAAACAUUAGUUGGAGAACUUACCUAGCAGAUCCCAUACUUUUGUAUUUGGCUUCCAAGAUACUCAUUUUGUUGAGCAUUGUUCAUACACUGCGAUACAUUUUUCAUCCUUUUUCCAUGUAACAGAUUCACUUGGGUUGAUUUUGUAUUUUGAUACUCUCCUCUGAUGCA